CACACGUACAGUAUGUAUACACGUACAUGUGGACCGCACCGGCGACUCACAAGCUUGACUAAGUGCUAGUGCUGUUCGGAGCUAGCUGAGGACGGUAUCUGUCGUCAAAUGGAACCUCCGCCGUAGUAUAGUUGAAGUCAACAGUCGGCAAUGAAAUAUUAGUCUUCACAAGUGAAUUUCAACUACCAUCAACAUGCAGAAACCCAGUAAGACUUCCUCAGAGCAUGAUACAAGAGAGGCAGACCCUGAGAAGGAGAAAAGAGUAACUCUAAUAUCAAUUAAGACUGGACAGGCAAUGACAAUUCCUAACACAGACAGACUUGGUUUAUGCCGAAGUGUGUCUGAGUUUGAAAAGUUGAAUAGGAUUGGAGAAGGCACAUAUGGAAUUGUGUAUAGAGCAAGAGACACACGAUCAGAUGAAAUAGUAGCUCUGAAGAAGGUCCGAAUGGAAAAAGAGAAAGACGGCCUUCCCAUAAGUGGCCUACGUGAGAUAAAUUUGUUGAUCAACUUGCGUCAUAAAAAUGUGGUUGAGCUAAAGGAAGUUGUAGUUGGCAGCCACCUUGACAGCAUUUUUCUGGUAAUGAUGUACUGUGAGCAGGACCUAGCAAGCCUGUUGGACAACAUGCCAGCUCCAUUUACAGAAGCCCAAGUCAAAUGUAUAGCUCUACAAAUGAUGAAUGGUCUUCAAUUCCUGCAUGAUAAUUUUAUCAUCCACCGAGAUCUCAAGGUGUCAAAUUUGCUCCUGACGGACAAAGGUUGUCUUAAGAUUGCUGAUUUUGGUCUAGCAAGAACCUUUGGAAUACCAUUUCGACCUAUGACUCCAAGAGUUGUAACGUUGUGGUAUAGGGCACCAGAGGUACUGCUGGGAUCAAGUGUGCAGACAACAGCAAUUGAUAUGUGGGCUGCAGGAUGUAUACUUGGUGAACUGUUGGCAAAUCAACCCCUGUUGCCAGGGACCUCAGAAAUACAACAAAUUCAGUUAAUUAUAGACUUACUUGGAACUCCUAAUGACAGCAUCUGGCCUGGCUAUUCAAGUUUGCCAAUGCUUGAGAAGUAUACCUUGAAAAAGCAGCCAUACAAUAACCUUAAGCACAGGUUCUCAUGGCUUUCUCAGGCCGGGCUGCGUCUUCUGAACAACCUGUUCAUGUACAACUCAACCAAAAGGGCAACUGCACAAGAUUGUUUGGACCAUUCCUACUUUACAGAGCAACCAUUGCCAUGUGAUCCAAAACUGAUGCCAACCUUCCCACAUCACAGAAACAAAAGGAAGAAGUCUUCCAAUAUGCCUCCUGCAGAAACAACCAGUGUGACAUACAAAAGAGAAGAAUUUGGCCAGGCAUUUGGACCACAGAUCUCUACUGUAGCAAUAAAGAAACCCAAGAGAUGACUACUGUCAUCUCAAAAUGAAUGGAGCCAAUAUGGACGGUCCAGCCUCAAACCAUGUUAUAGUGGCAUAUUACUCGAUAGACUCCUCAGGCCAAUGUUAGCAGUACAUGUAGCUUGGUUGAUACUUCUGCUAAUGUUGAGCUUGGUUCAUGCCCUGCACUGCUGGAUGACAUCCAACCAACUGUCUAAUAUCUGGUUUGAUCUAAAAUAGUCUUGAAAAAACAUUGCCAAGGGAAGUCCCAUUAACGUGUGUUCUUGUUCAAAAUUAGUGAAACCAUUCAAUAAUGGAAUGAAAUUUGCUGAAAUACAUUAUAUUAAUAUUAGCAUAAGUCAAAAUCUUCUGCCAAUAUGUAUCAAAUUUGCACAAGGUUUCUACAAUGUUUUCUGUCAGUCAACUCAUGCAAACCAGAUGAAUCAGUGGUGCAACCAUGGCCAAACAACCUGAUGCAUUUAUUUCUUGUAAUAGCUCUUUUGGAAAGCCUUGACAUUCCCUGAAAAUAAAAGCUUUCCAAGUCCAGCCACGCCGUCAACAUUGAAUGUGUAACCACUUCAAAGACUGUAAACCACCCAGUCUCAGGAUUCUGGCCUAAAGGCAUUAGCAAUAUUACUUUAUAACAACAAAUGCACAACAUAAAAGUUGGUCAGGAAACCCCUUUUUGAAUAUUAGGCCAUUUAGGGGGUUUUACCAAGUAUUACCAUUGUACAGGUGAUCCAAUUGUAUUGAUAAUAAAUAAAUAAUUAUUGAUAACAAGUGGUCUUCUCAAAAUUAUAUAGGCUUUAUUCACGCGUCGGCCGCUUUAAUUGAAAGGCAGGUAAAAUCUUCAUUUUUGGAACUUGCGAAUAGAAAUGACAGCAGUGCUCAGAUGAAUAAUUUACAAUGUGUGCUUAAACAUACCCUAAUGUUUUAAGCCACAAUUAAAAAAAAAUGUUGAAAUUGAGGCUUGGAAUACAUAGUUGGCAUCAUCCAAUUCAACACUUUACAAUUUAUAAAAUACAUUCAGCAAACACGAUCAAAACUGGCUUGCUCAUGAAUCAGGUCUAUUGCAUUAAUAGGACUUGUCUUCACCACAUCACCAUAUCAAUACCACCAAAAGAAGGCUUCCAAAGCAAUCUGCAGUGCACAAGUAUUACUGGGAUGUUUUCUCAAUUGUUGAUGUCAUUCAGACUGAGUGCUUUCAUUCCAGACAGAUUUUGUUACAUGAAUUGAGUGACAAUGAAAGUACAAAGUGUCUACUCAUGCGUAUCCCAGAGGAACAAAGUUGUGUCCACAAAGAGCACACUGUAUGUAAGGCAUAUACCGUACAAUCCGCUUGCCAGACCGAUUCCUAUUUUCCAAGAACUGAUUUACAUUAGGCACUCAUUACAAACCUACUGUAAAUGCCACAGAAUGUGUAAACAUUCAUGUGAAUGUGUGAAUAAUGAGUGUAGCAUACCCAAGACCAUGUCUGAAUGUGCCAUGCCACUGGUUAUUAGUCAGAGGUCAUGUCAUAAUACAUUUGUCCAUUGUUUCCAAGACAAGUGAACCAAAGCAGACUUUCCAAGACUUUGAAAACAUUAUCUGCCUACUUUAUUGCUCAAUUCUAUUUUUGACAAUUGCUUUAGGCAAACACAAAUGUUCAAUAAAAGGGAUGGUGUUAACAUAUAGCCUACUGUAUUAUAUUAUAAAGAAAUGAUGCAAAAUCCUGUACAAAAUGUAUACAAAUUAAGCACUGCAUCAUGAAAAUACAUAUCAACAAGUAAUUCAGAAUACAUGUACAUACAUUUUUGGUUUGAAAUGUCGGAACAAUGUUAUAAUAAUCCAGUACUCAAGAAAAAUACUGGUUCUUUUUGUAACCCUAUCAGCUUUUUUACUGUUCACUUCUAUCAGAGUCUUCAAACUUUGCACAGACGUUGCAUUUGCUUUUACUACUAAUUUUUAAGCAUUUACUCUGAUCUGUAAGAAUAUAAUGAAGCAAGCACUUUUACAUUUGCUAAAAUAUGAAAGUAUUUACUUUUUAGCUUUUGCUAGACUAUAAGCGUCUAUUUUGUUGAAUUUAAAAAAAGUAAAUGCUUCAGAUUUCAAGUAUUAAUUAACUGGUAAGUUUUCAAGGCAAAUACUUCUGCGCAAAAAGGGAUGCAUUUAUCAUGUUAAUCGCAAAGAAUUAAAACAUACUUUAUGAAGUACAUAUAAUACCAUACACUUCAUUUCCAAUCACAUUUAUGACAAAUUUGUAUACAUUUUUUUAGUAUAAAUUUCAUUCCCAGAAGGAACAAUAAUUUUGCAUUUUAUUUACGAUGAUUUUAAUGCAGCACAGAAUGACUAAGGAGUUGUCCAAUGGCAUUCUUGGGA